UCCAUUCCAGCUCUGAUAUGGUCGAGAUUUUAUGUUUACUCUUUUCAGUUUCUGUUUUCCUAUAGACACUAGUGAUCCUGAUCAGCAUGAAAUUUCCUUUAAUACAUGCACACUUCUUCCUGUAUACAGUAUAAUUGCCCUUUUCGAACACAUGGACUCCACGUUUACUCUUCGGCCUUAAAACAUUAUUCGACUCUGCAAGAUGAAGAUAUUUCUUCUACUUCUCGGUGCACUACUUUCCUACGGUGUGGCAGGGGACGAUCAGAGUCCCUCACGUACUCUCUGUGUUGAUGGCAUCCGGACUGCUGUCACCUUGUUCACAUUUGCCGAUGCCUCAUCGUACUAUGUAAAUAUUUGCGCUGGGAACUUAACAACUCUCUCAAUAUGGGCCGCCGCAAAAACAUACUGUACGCCUCUUGAGAUCGAAGCUGGAAGCCGCUCGUUCAGCGAUUAUUGCCUCCAAUAUGCCGGGUUCGAACUUGCCUCCUACGCUGAGACAGAGAGGAACUUCACUGAUGAGUAUAUGAAAAACCUGAAAGUAGUUGAGUAUGAAGAUAUUGCUAAAGCAAAACUUUGGAACGAGACUAUAGUCAUCUCUAAACCUCUAUGGGAGACUUCGAAGAGGACCAUCUCUGCCUUCAACAAUCAAUAUGCUACCCACACAAGAUAUGGUUGGUCCGCGUAUGGAUUCUGGGGCGGCCUCCUCCUCCUAGGGAUGACCAGCCGCUUUUUAUCUUUUGUCGUCGAAUCUCGCACAGGACGAAAGUCACGCGAUAUUGAGAAUACCACACUUCCCCAUUCAUCCGUGGCCCCGCGUUCCAAACUUGCGUCAUUCUUAGCCGAAAAGUAUUACUGGUUCAGGGCCAAUUUGAUUAUUCCUGCGGCCUUUAACUCUUACCACCAACGACUCUUUUGGCAGUGCACGAUUCCGACAAGGAUAGAAUUUGUAAUAGUUAUAGCAUACUAUGUUGUCAGUUUCAUCCUAUGUGCUGUCUCAUAUGAAAUCUUCACCCCGAAUCUUUACUACUCUUACUCGGGGCAGCUUCAGCGUUAUAUCGCAGACCGUACUGGAACAAUCGCUUAUGCGAAUCUCCCUGUAUUAUGGAUGUUCUCCGGGCGAAACAACGUCUUCCUCUGGGCAACCGGUUGGAGCUUCUCGACGUUCAACAUCUUUCACCGACAUAUUGCGAGGAUUGCAACGAUACAGGCAAUUGUUCACUCUGUGGCGUAUUCGAUUCUUCAAGCUAAUUCUGGGUCACUAAAAAAGUCGUGGACAAAGGAGUAUUGGUUUAUGGGUGGCAUGGCCACUGUAACCAUGAGUCUCCUGCUGGCUUUCUCCUCAAUAUUCAUACGCCAAAUGUGCUACGAGGUCUUCCUUAUCAUCCACAUCUGUCUCUCUGUCGCCACAAUCGUGGGUUUGUUUUACCAUACUAAGAUUUUAGAUAAAGCUUACGAUGGUUACUUAUGGCCUCUAGUAGCGAUAUGGGUACUUGACCGGCUUGUCAGGAUCGUCCGACAAGUAUACUGCAAUAUCCAUGUCAGUCGAUCUCUGGAUAUCUUCCGCACCAUGUCCACAGCAACAUAUAGCAAAGAGGCCGAUUUGAUUAGACUCGAAGUCGUCCCGGGCUCGGAGAGCCUCAAGCCGAAACCAAAUCAGCAUUACUACCUUUACCAACCACUAAAAUGGAGAGGGUGGGAGAAUCAUCCUUUCACUCUGGCUGGCUGGGAAACAAUUGAAUGCGAUAAACCAAAUAUUUCAAAUAUCGAAUUUUUGCCAACGACUAAAACAAGUACUGAUGACGACUUCUUGCCAGCAAGCGCAUCAUUAGAUUCCUCCUCCAACUCUGAAUCCGUGUUAACUAAUUCCGCCCAAUCGCAGCCUCAAGGCCGCUACAAAUUUCUCUUCUAUAUCCGCCCCUCCACAGGUUGGACCAAACGCCUCCGUGACGAAUGCAUCAAAAACCCCUCCGGGCCGCUCGAAACUCGCGUACUCCUAGAAGGCCCUUACGGCGAGACCACGCCCUUGCAUCACUUUGAGAACAUCGUCCUUCUCGCGGGUGGAACGGGCAUUGCUGGUGCUCUGCCGUAUCUUAAUGAGCAUAUUGCUCGUUUGGCACAAGGCACAACGGUUACGCAUAGCAUCACUCUCGUCUGGGCUGCCAAGCAAGCGGCUAUGCUCCAUGACUUGGCGGCGAGGGAGUUAGCAGCGGUGUUAAAACGAGAGGAUAUUAAAGUCUCAUUCCAUGCUACCUCGAAUCGCAAGUUUGGUCGUGUGGGUGGAAACGUAAAUGAUACGGCUAAGGAAGUAAGGGAUGAUUUGGCAGUGGAGGUGCGUGUUGAUUACAGUAGACCGGAUAUCAGAGGCAAGGUGCUAGAAGUCAUUCAGGAGGUUAGGGAGGCAGGGAGCCAAGGCGGGCGGAUCGCGGUGCUUGUUUGUGGCCCGGCUGGGAUGGCGGAUGAAGCAAGGGGCGCGGUGCAUGUGGCGUUAAAGAGCGGGAUGAGAGGGGUGGAGUAUAUCGAGGAGUCUUUCGGGUGGUAAGGUAGUGGUAAACACAGCGCCUUCUCGUCGUCGGGAUUAUACUGCUAUUCGCAAAAUCGUAAGACAUCUAUAUCUAACUAAUCAGCUUAUUAC